GAAAUACAGUCGAAAACUCAAAGCGAAAGCUCAAAAUAGUUAAUCGGUUUUUUCACGGAAAAUAUCGACAACCCCUUUUAGUUGAAUAAAGAACGUUGCGGGGUUGAAAACGAACGUCCGUUGUCGUUCGAGUAUAGUAUAGUUGUCGUCGCAUCCGAUUGGUGGUAUUUCUAGUUCCGGACUUUAUUUUUCGAUUUUCUAUAUUUGCGUCUUUUGAUUUAUACUUUAACGUACUUAUAAAAAUAAGCUAUAUACAAUUUUAAGUGCUUAACGACGUACCGUUACCUGUACUUUCUGCAUUAUUAUUAUACAAACUAACAUAUUUAAAAAAGAGAAAAAGGAAAUAUAUUUAACAGUGCAUCGCAAGGACGACGACGACAACGGUUUUUUGCAGCAGUUUUCUUUGUUAUAAAGUGUUUUGCGGUGAAGUAAACACUUUUUCUCAAGCCCCCCAUCAACCAACCCACUGAGACAGGACAAAAAUACCCUCAUUCAAAAUGUCAUGGAGAUACGCGCUUCUCUUCGAUUAUCUUCUCCAGCAACCAAGUAGAAUGGACUUAACAGACCAAACUACAGGACGCCAAUUGCAAAGGGUGCUUCACUAUUCAGUAACCCCAUGCAGGCCAUUGCCAGGACUUCGGAGAUCAGAAUGUGCCAUUCAUGAUGUAGACUGUGAUGAAGUGUAUCCUGGUAUUUAUGUGGGUGACGCAGCUGCUGCCAAGAACAAAGUGUACCUCCGACUUAUGGGCAUCACACAUGUUUUGAACACAGCAGAAGGAUGCAGAUAUGGUCAGGUCGAUACUGGACAUAUUUAUUACAGAGAUAUGCCAACCAUAAGAUAUAUGGGAUUCCCGAUGAUGGAUCAACCGACAACAGACAUCUCCAGAUACUUUUAUGUGGCAUCAAAGUUUAUUGACAACGCAAUAACAAGUGGAGGAAAAAUUCUGGUCCACUGCUUAGUCGGAAUGUCGCGCUCAGCUACCUGCGUAUUGGCAUACCUUAUGAUUUGUCGAAAGAUGACAGCAGUUGAAGCGAUACGAACAGUCCGUAUGCGACGAGACAUUCGUCCUAACGAUGGUUUCCUACAACAGAUCGCCGACUUAGACAACGAACUGAAACGCAAACGUCUAUACCCCUACUAAAUAAGGGCCUCGAGCAUACACCAUACAACAUAAUAAUAUAUAUUUUUUUGUAUAAAAAGGAUCAACGUGUCUACUAACAACAAAAAUGAAAAACAAAAACAAAGAACAGCUAAAUAAUAACAAAAAGUUUAUGUUAAACCACCAAAGUAUAAAUCUAAUAAUCUUUAAAUGAAACGAAAAAUAAAAACAAAAAUAUUAAAAUUAU